AUGUUGUCUGCUUUAUUACUCACGCUCUUGGGGGGAGCCUCCAUCGUGAGAUUCGGAUUAGGCAUUUCUUUUGGAGGGAGCCCCUUCGUUUUCCUGUGGCUCACAGCUCUGUUGCAGCUCGUUUCCUUGCUCGGUUGGGUGGUUUACCUGGCACCGCGACUCAGUCCUCUCCGGAAACUGCCUCUAGCAUCUCAAGAACCGUGGUGGAAAACGUUCCUUCUCGAGCCGGGACCAGAAGAUCUCGAGCGUUUUAUGAGCGAGACUCCCAACGAUGGUCUUAUCCGAUAUUUUGGUGUAUUCCACGGGGAAAGGCUCUUAAUCACCAAAUCUCAAGGCACCAAGCAGAUGAUGCUUCUCCAAGCCUACAACUUCGAUAAGAUUCCCAUUGCGACGAAGCUCAUUGGUCAACUUACGGGUCUAGGAUUGCUGGUUGCUGCUCAGGAUGAGCACAAGCGCCAGCGGAAGUCAUUACUACCAGCAUUCAAGUACAAAUACAUCAAAAACCUCUUCCCUCGAUUCUGGACGCAUACAAAGCAGCUAAUUGCCGCACUGGAGAAGGAGAUCGAUCAUCCUGGUCAGGAUUCAAGUGCGGUUGUGAACGUGGAAAGCUGGAUGAUGCGUGCCACACUCGAUAUUGUGGCAGCGACAGGCUUCGGAGUUGAGGUAGACGCAAUCCAGAACCCAGGAAGCGAUCUCGCUAGGCUUCUGCCCUUGUCAAACUCAACCAGCCCGGAAGCGACAUUCUAUAGACUACUGGCCUUUCUGCUGCCUUACUGGCUUUAUGUCCGGCUGCCAAUGUCGAGGCGUUAUGAGAUUGACGAGAUCAUCAAAGCCUUGGACGAUGCCACCUUGCCAAUGAUCAAAUCAAGGCGGAAGGCCUUUGCAGGUCAAGAGAGUCUCGAUCCUGACUCACUGGAAGAAAAGUCCGGCUCCGGUCCGCAAAAGUUUGCCGACACAGAUAUCCUUUCGACCCUGUUGCAAUUUAAGGAGCCUUUCACGGACAAGGAAUUGAUGGCUCAAUCUGCAACGAUACUAGCGGCUGGACAAGAUACGACAUCCGUCGCUACUACCUGGGCACUAUAUCUCCUUGCUCACAACCCACAAGUUCAAUCAGUUUUACGGGUCGAAGUUCAGAGCCAUCUGCCCUCGCCGAGCUCUGGUGACGAGCCGGUCGACGCACCACUCAUUGAGUCUCUCCCAUAUUUAGCUGCGGUUUGCAACGAGACCCUGAGACUGUUUCCACCUGCUCCUAUCUUACGCAGAUAUGUUGUCAAGCCAGGAACAGUCGUCCUUGACCAGCAACUGCCUGUGGGGACGGUGGUUAUGACUUCUAUCUGGGGCACACACCGCACAAAGAGCAUCUGGGGCCCCGACGCGAAAGAAUUCAAGCCCGAGCGCUUUCUCCAAUAUGAUGAGGAUGGAAGAAUGAGGCUUGACCCUCAUGCCGGCUUCCAAGGGGAAGAUGCAACCUACCGUUAUUUGCCCUUUGGUGCCGGGCCUCGAAGUUGCAUAGGCGAAAGGUACGCACGCGGAGAGUUUGCAACGCUGCUGGCUGGCUUAGUUGGCCAGUUUGAGUGGUCCCUUGUCAGCCCAGACAAGAAGAUGGGUGAAGACAUCAAGAUGAACUUCGGCAUCGUCUCCAAGCCAGAGGGCGGUUUGUUGCUCCGAGCACGAAAAGUUGACGGUUGGUAA